ACUAUUUGACAUUUGUCAAUCGUGGUAAAUAGUCAUACCGUCACAUAUAGAGAACCAAAUUCGUGCACAAACACAAAAUUCUUGUAAAAACUAAGAAGUUUCUUAUAGCUUAAAGUAUGGAAUUCAAAAUAGUAAAUAACGUUUUAAAAGUUGCAACUGAUUAGUGAGUACAUGAUUAAAAGAUCGACUGUUAGCACCAGACCAGACUUGGCAAAUAGAACGCUGCUGCUGCUUUUAAAAUUGCUUCUUCCAAGUCCAUGUAGUCCUUCUUCACACUUGCCUGCCACCAGCAAAAAAUUGUCAAAACUUUUCCAAAGAACGUUCAAGUUAAAUGAACGCCGCACAUAAUGAGCGUCAUCUUAAAAUCGGCACGCCCUCGACGAGUUAAAAGCACGAUGCAGCGACAGGACCUGUUUUACAUCUACGAUGACAGAAACGAGAGCUCGGAGUCCGAUCAAACCGAAUGCGCCGAUGGCAGUACCCAGACGAAACUUAACAAAAGGCGACGCUCACCGGCGACAUCACUAAAAAACAUCAUAACACCUCGGAGAAAAUUGAAGAAACGAAAGGUACGGUUUAUGGACUGGAAGAAGUAUCACAGACUGAGCGUAAUAUAUUCGUUUAUAGAUGAAUUAGAAAGAGACUUCCCAGCUAUAUGCACUGUGUCAGUCAUUGGGAAAUCAGUUGAAGGUAGAGAUAUCAAGAUGUUAAAGAUAUCAAACAGUAACGCGAACAACUCUGCAGUAUGGCUCGACGCUUGCAUACAUCCACGAGAAUGGAUCAGUACUGCUGUAGUGACGUACAUAGCUGAUGUCCUCGUCAGGAAUUUUCAUACGUUCUCCACAUCCAUCACCAACAAAGACUGGCAUAUAAUACCAGUUUUAAAUCCAGAUGGUUACGAAUAUACACACACAGGUGAACGCAUGUGGAGAAAAAACAGAGCCUGUUAUGGAGGCGAAUGUGUGGGUGUUGAUCUCAAUAGAAAUUUCAGUUAUGCAUGGGGACAAAGUAACGGGGAGCAAGGUUCCUCUGAUGAACCCACUCAUGUUUUCUAUAGAGGUCCCGCACCAUUUUCGGAACCGGAAACGGUUGCAGUGAGGGACACGAUAUUAGGAUCGGUGACACCGUUCAAGGUGUUCCUCUCCUUUCAUAGUUACUUCGAGCUAAUAAUAUUUCCAUGGGGCAACAGGAAGGAUCCAUGUCCAGACUAUCUCCACUUAUUGGAAGCCGGCACAAUCAUGGCAAGGGCAAUACAUGAGACGUCUGGGAAGACGUAUAAAGUUGGAAGUACAAAAGACCUCACAUACUACGCAUGUGGGACGAGCAUUGACUGGAGUUACUCGAUAGCGAAAAUACCAUACUCGUUCAUGGUUGAGCUGAGGAGCAGAAAACACAAAUUUAGAUUACCAAAAGAACAAAUCAUGGAAAAUUGUGUUGAAAUAUGGAAUGCGGUCAUAAAACUAAUGGAGUACGUCGAUCAACAUUAGACAAUAUAUUAUGUGAUGUCAAUGACGUUUGUGCCAUUUUAAGUUCCACAUACUCUUAGUUUUGUGAAUGUGAGCGAUUAAAAAUAAUACCGA